AUGUUAAGUAGAAGCAUUAUUAGUCCAUUGAGACAAGUCAGUUUCCGCUCUUUAUCAGUCUCUGUUGCGGUGAGAAAAGAAGUUCCCGAGGUGUACGAUCCUACGCAAAUCCCUAAAGAAAUAGUAUCUGGUGCUCCGAAGGAGAUGGCUACGGAAAGAGUUGUUAGAAUCUAUAAAGAAGCUAAAUCAGCUACUCAGCAAGGACGUCAUAACCGUGAUCAUUGGAAAUUAGAUUGGGAUGUUUUAGGAAAGGGAAAUAGAUGGGAGAAUGACUUGAUUGGAUACCAGAGUUCGUCUGACUAUAUGCAAGGAACUAUAAUGAGCUUUGAUACAAAGGAGGCUGCUAUAAAUUUUGCUAAAGGUCAAGGAUGGGACCAUUACGUUCAAGAACCAAAAGAGAGACACUUCAGACAGAAACAGUAUGCCACAAACUUCCUUCACUCGGCUGGUCCUUUAAAACAUAUAAGGACUAAGUAA